AUGGCCAUCCCCAACCAAAUCGUCUUUGGCCUGCUCCUGUUCGAGAGUCAGUCCCGGUGACCCCGUCCUUUUUCCUGCUCCUGCUCCUGCUCCUGCUCCCCACACGUCAUCACCCCUUUGCGCUCGAGCUGGGUUCCCAACUACGCCUCCCGCGUCCCUCCUCCAGUCACCCGCUCACCACUGAUCCACUCUUGACUCCCAUUAUUCUUCCCACAGUUGCGACCUUUAUCGUACUCAUCGUACCUCUUCCCUUCACGUCCGUCACCAUCCUCCUGUUUGCCCCAUACUCCCAAAUCUGACUCGAUUCUUCUCGCUCACAGUUGGCGCCGAGCGCUCUUCAAGGCCAUUGCCGAGUCGCAGCUGGUCGCAAAGGCCCAGUACGCGCUCAAGAUCACCUUCAUCUUCGUCUUCCUCUUGUUCGCCGAUGCGGUCAACCAUAUGCUCGUACGUGCCCGCGCUCUAGGUUGAAGCUCCGCGACCGCAAGUGAUUCCCACAAUCUAAUCUCGUUCCCCCAUCGGUCGGCUUGUGUCCAGAAAAUCCAACGCGAAGGUGUGCUGAACAAGCAACUCGGUCAACGUUCGGACCUACGCGGCGAAUCCGAUUACCGCUCGCGCAAAUUCCUCUCCGAACGCAAUUUCUACCUCCACGGGUUCACCCUCUUCCUUUCCCUGAUCCUGUCGAGGACCUAUUCGCUCGUUCUGGACCUCAUCAAAGCUCAGGAGGAUUUGGCUCUGUUGAAGAAGGCGAACGCGGGUGGGUUGAAGGGCAGUGUCGGCGCCGGGGAUGAGCAGUUGAGGAAGGAGUACGAGGACUUGUCAAAGAGGUACGAUGAGUUGGUCAAGAAGAGCGCCGUGGAGAAGAAGCAGGACUGA